AUGGAUGGUUGGCUCAAGAAUUUCUUGUUGACCACCUCGGUUCUUUCUUGCUUGUCAAUUGUCAAUCCCGCGUUAGCAGCUCCGACUACGCCACGGCAUGAUCCUGAUCAGCCGCUCAACUUCAGCCAGCCUUUGAUGGGGGUCGAGCAGACUAUGCAUAAGCGGGCAAACAUUGCCUUGCGAAUUCUUAGUCUGGGAGCUUCCAUCAUGAGUGGCACUGGGUCAUCCACGGGAAACGGGGACGCCCUAAGACUUGACGGCUACGAUGUCGAUAUGGUUGGAAGCCGCCACGGUGGUACUAUGAAGGAUUAUGAGCAUGAAGCAGUCCCCGGAGAUGUCCUCACUCAGGUCCGAGCCCGGGUCCCACGUUCUACUGGGUACAAGCCUAACAUUGUCAUUAUCAAUGCGGGUACAAACGAUGGUAACGGAAACGUCGAUAUUUCAGGAGUAGGAAGUCGCAUGAACGACAUUCUCAAUGACCUCUGGGCAGCCGAUGGAAUGGCAUAUACGUGCAUGAUUCUAUCGACACUAAUACCUACUACAAAUGCCAAUGGUGCUGCUAAUCGUGACUCAAUCAAUGCUCAAUACCGAUCGCUUGUUUCCCAGCGCGCUGGAGAUGGAAAAUGCAUCUAUUUGGCAGAUAUGGACCCAGGUGGUGCACAGUGGCUCCAGUUCGACACCAACUAUCUCGCAACUGAGUCUCCCCAUGUUCAUCCCAAUGACCUGGGACACCAAAAGAUGGCCGCUGUUUUCUAUCAGGCUAUUCAUCGGGCAUUGGCUGCCAAUACUGUCGUUGCAGCGGGCGACUUCUCUACUGGUCCUACUAUAUGCGACAAGUUUGCUGGUACUGGAAUUGACGCUGGUGGCCUGACCCAGCGUGGUUCGGGUUACGACGACGGUAUAUAUUACCACGAUAGUGUGGAGAAGGGGAUAUUAUGGUCAGCGGAUAGCGACUGGGACCGAAGCCAGUGGAAGUUCGCCCGUUUGUUUGAUCAAAGAUAUGAUGACCUCCUCGCCUGGAUUCCCACAAGUGACACGGCGCAAACAUAUGCUGUCUGCGGCGAUCUCAAUUGUCAGUAUGGAGAAGGUGUGAACUUUAUCGAUAUGAAUGGUGAUGGCCUAGACGACCUCGUCUAUAUUGAUUCAGACGGCAAUGCCUACCUCUCUAUCAACCAAGGAGAUGGGAACCAUGCUGCAGGAAAGCCACCUACAUUCAAGAGGAUCAGUAGUACUGCUUUGAUCAAGAGUAACGAGGGUUAUGGCAGAGAUCAAGUAGUGUUGGCUGAUAUCGAUGCCGAUGGACGGGGUGAUUAUGGAGUUAUGGACAACUCUGGCCAAGUAUACUUUUGGAGGAAUGGUGGCAAUACUGAUGCUCCUGAAUACUGGCAAGCUCUAGGCAUGAGAUUUCAAGGAACUGUUGGCAGUACACGAUUCGAGGACAUUAAUGGAGAUGGCCGUGAUGAUGCCUUGAAUGUUGGAAAUGGCCUCAAUGUUGCUUGGCGUAAAGGAUACUACACCGGCGAGUCUUCGGGCCCUACACACAAGGGUGUGGGCUCUUAUAUCACUGAUGGCGAGCACGUGCAAUCCCGUAUUCAUUUUGCUCGUAUUUACGGCACGUCAACUGUGUUUGGUAAUCUACCAAAGCAGGAUUACGUUUUCUUGCAGCACACAAAGCUUGGAUCUGGCAAACACCGCUUCCAGCUACGGGCUUGGCAGAAUACUGGCUCAGGAGAUUCUGGUGCUGUUCAGGUCUGGAUCAACAACUACCCCAAAACUGGGACAUGGGAUUGGACUCACUUGGCGAGCCCAGCACCGGGCCUGAGCUGUGCGCAGAAAAGAGGUCAUGGUAUAUUUGAUUGUGACCAGACAGGCGAUGAUGCUACAAUGAACAACGACCUGCCCACAAUUCCGGGCUCUGACGACGGUUCUGGUGGUGACGAUUCCGGCGGUGACGAUUCCGGUGGUGAUGGUUCGGGUGAAGACUGGGGUCCAGUCGGGGACAACUCGGACUAUCCAUCGCGAUAUGUUGGAAGCGAUUUUAAUUGCAACGUAGCUGUUGACUGGUUUGCACCUGGGACUGACGUCGGCAACCCCGAUGGCGGAGAGACCUUCUGCUUGGCAAAAUGGAGAAGUGGAAUAUAUCCUAGACUCCUUGAGGCCACAGCCAACGACAAUACCCUUUGCUCCGUACGUGUUGUCUUUACCGACAAUACCGAGAUGAUUGCAGGCAAAAAGUGCGCAGAUGAUGGGCACAAAAGAUUCGGCACAUUGGAGUGGUCCCCUUUUGUUGACACAUUCAGCAUCUUCUCGCUGUACGACAAUGGUUACAAGGGAGGCGUCGGACGGCUUGUCGCAGGAAUAACGAACAACAUCACGAUCGACGCUGGAAAAUACUACAAUGAUAACACACACCCGACUCAGUAUCAAAUCAGUCGUGGUUCAGAUGGCAAGGGGGUGCUUCUUGGCUUUUCCGGCACCGCAGGUGAUAGGAUCGACUCGCUGCAGCCUUUGUUCUCGAGCGCGGGACCAGCCGAUGUUACUUUGCUCAACACAUCGUACGCACCCAGUAUCGAAACGUUGAACACACUGCCGUUCGAUCAACGAGGAAUGACUAUAGAAUUUGCGUCCGCGUACUUUGACAAUACCAAGGCUUCUAUACCAGUUCAAUAUUCAGAAACUCUUACUCUGCAAUAUCAGGAGCUUCACAAGGUCACGGUGACCGAUGAAGACGGCCACGAGGAUGGCGGUGAAGUCGGCAUCAGUAAUUUUGGAUUUGAGUGGGCUGAGCCGAUACCUGUCCUCGGCAAGAUCAGUUUGGGCCUCGUUGCAAAGUAUGUCGGAAAGGCGGUAAAAAAGCACAUAGACUCGGAAGAAAAUGGCAAAACGACAACGUUCUCAGUUGGCACUAGGGUUCGCGCGCUUGUACCAGCUGGCCAGAGGAUAAAAUGCACUGUGGUUCUCAUCCAGAGUCGUGUCAAUCUCCGAUUUUCUGCCAAAAUGGUGAUCACCUUCAAUGAUGGUAAUCAAUACUAUGUUCCUGUAGGUGGGACUUAUGACCAUGCAACGGGAAGCGAAGUCGGCGACUAUUGCGAGGACUAUGGUGACGAUGAUGAUCCGGACACUGAAGAUGACAACAACAUUAUCUCUCAGGGGUUGUACUGCAAGGACGGUACGUACAUAGGAGAUCCAGACUUGGUGGAUCUGUCUGCGGAUGACUACGCCGCAGCUUGCCCGGCUGACUGGGAAGCAUAUUGA